AUGGCCUCCAAAAAGCUCACAUGGCUCAUCACUGGCUGCUCAUCGGGAUUCGGGCUCUCUUUGACACGCGCCGCACAGGCAGGUGGCCAUACUGUGAUUGCAACUUCGCGCAAACCAUCCAAAACUCCGGAGCUGGUAGCGGAGGUUGAGGGCAAUGGAGGAAAAUGGAUCCAACUAGAUGUUGACAGCCCACAGAGCGGCGAUACAAUCGCUGAGUUGGAGAAGGAUGGCAGCAAGAUUGAUGUACUCGUCAACAAUGCUGGGUUCUCUAUCUACGCGCCAAUUGAGACCAUGACCGACGAGGAGAUGCGCGCGCAGAUGGAGACUAUGUACUUUGCGCCCCUCCGUUUGAUCCGCGCAGCUCUGCCCUACAUGCGUCAACGUCGCUACGGAGUCAUCGUCAACAUGAGCAGUGGUGCUUCGUUGGACGGCAUUCCGACCAUGGGCGUGUACGGAGGUGCCAAGGCUGGCUUGGAUGCGACAACUAAGAUGCUUGCCAAAGAGGUUGCACCCUGGAAUAUUCGGACGCUCACUGUUGUCCUAGGCACCUUCAACACCAACAUGCCAAACAGCGUCAUCCUAGGCAAGACGCCACUGCCCGACGACUAUAAAGGCACAUUCACGGAGCAGGUCCAGCAACUCCUCGUCGGUGGCAAGAUAAAGCCCAACGGUGACAAAGAUAAGGCGAUGAAAGCUGUGUAUGAGGCAGUUGUAGGCGAGGGUUCGGGCCAGGGUAAUGAAGGCGAGAAGUUGCUUCCCCUCGGAAGUGACAUGACGCCGCGUCUCAAGGCAGUUCAAGACUAUCUCGGUCAUGCCUUGGAAGUCUAUGGGUCAGUGACGAACGGUGUUGAUGUGGAUAAAUGA